AUGGGAUGCCAUUGCACAAAAACAAAGGAAAUAAAACAAUCUAAAUAGAUCAAACACCCUAAACUAAUAAAACUAAAACCACUCCUUUAUGAUUAGGAUCAAAACACUUAAUCUCCAAUUACGACUGAUUAGAUAAAAGAUGAUUUAGAGGAUAUGAAACCACCAAAAUUGUGUUAUAUAAGUAAUUCUAGUAGAGGAGGGAUAGGGAAAACCAAGCAGGUCUAAAGAGAGAUAGGAGGAAAGAAGGAAAGAUUUUCUUAUUUAUACAUUCGACCCUAUCAACCUAAUUAAUAAAAAUGA